UACAAAGGCAGAAGUGCAAAUGCUUGCUGCUAAAAAAGUCACAGAGCGAGAGAGCAACUCAAAUGUGCAAUCAGGGAUGACAGUAGGUUCUACAGACGCGAUUCAUUUUGAAGUGAAGAAAUAUUGUUAAAAAACAAGUGAAACGCUGGAUAUUGACCAAAGCUGAAAUAUGGGUGAGUCCAGUAUCUGUCAGGUGAGGGCAACAGUCAUGCUGUAUGAUGACAACAGCAAGCGCUGGGUUCCAGCAGGAUCUGAAAGUACAUCUAUAAGCCGUGUCCAGAUCUAUCACAACCCUUCAGCAAACACCUUCAGAGUAGUGGGACGCAAACUGCAGGCUGACCAGCAGGUGGUGAUCAAUUGUCCCAUUAUCAAAGGAAUGAAGUAUAAUCAAGCCACACCAAAUUUCCAUCAGUGGCGUGAUCACAAGCAGGUGUGGGGGCUAAAUUUUGGCAGUAAAGAAGAUGCUACUCUGUUUGCCAACACCAUGACGCAUGCUUUAGAUACUGUCAGUGCCCCGGCAGUUGCAGGUAACCACACCAGUGCAAGAAGACAUGUUAGAUCCAGAUUGUGCAGUAUUCCUGUCUGUCAGAUUUGGUGAAGACUGAGGACCCU